CUCUGCGCGCACAGCACUUGGCAGCUUCCAAAAUGUUGCGAGGACUUAUAACCUGCAUACUCCUCUUUAUGAAUGUGUUUCUUGGCGCCUUGGGCUCGCCGGCUCUACUGCGUGUCUCGCAACCACGCCCUCUUGUGAUAUGGCACGGGCUUGGCGACUCCUAUGCCUCGCCUGGGAUACUUGAGUUCAUCUCCAUGAUUAAGGACAUACACCCUGGCAUCUUUGUUCACUCAAUUUACCUGGACGAGAACCUGGAUGAGGAUCAGAAAGCGACUUUUUACGGGAGCGUGAACGAGCAAGUGCAACGCGUCUCAGAGCAGCUGGCUAACAUUACAGAGCUUGCGGGAGGGUUUGACGCCAUGGGGUUCUCGCAAGGCGGCCAGUUCUUGCGCGCAUACGUCGAGCGCUACAACUCCCCGCCCGUCUACAACCUCGUCACGUUUGGCUCGCAGCAUAUGGGCAUCUCCGACAUCCCUGGCUGCCGCCCGUGGGACGUCGUCUGCCAGCUCGCGCGCCGCGCCGCGAUGGGCGGCGUCUAUACCGAAUGGGCACAGCACAACCUUGUGCAGGCGCAGUACUACCGCGACCCCGCGCGCCUCACGAUGUACCUCGCCUCGAACCUCUUUCUCGCCGACAUCAAUAACGAGAUCCCCGAUGCUGCCAACGGCUCGUACGCACCUCGCCUUGCCUCGCUCGAGAAGCUGGUGCUGGUGUUGUUCCUGCAGGACAAGACCGUCGUGCCGAAGGAGAGCAGCUGGUUCGGGUCGUACGCCGAGCCCGGCACGGGCUCGAAGGAGAAGACGAUCGUGCCAAUGCGCCUGCAGCCGCUGUACGUCGAGGACUGGAUCGGGCUGCGUGCGCUCGAUGAGCGCGGUGCGGUGUCCUUCGAGACCUGUGCCGGAGAGCACAUGGUCAUGGCGCGAGAUUGCUGGGAGCCUCUCGUAAAGCGGUUCGUGGGCGCGCCUGUGCGCGACGCGCAUGCAGACGGGCUACUUGUACAAUGACCUGCAUCCCCCGUGUCCACAA